UUCUCACUCAUCAAAUUUCCCCAGUGUUUUAUUUAAAUCCUCGUGGUUUCACGCUCUGUUCGGUGAUUUCGUCGGUUUAGAUUGCUCUGAGCGGUUGAUUUGUAAUGCCGAUUUAGUAUUCGAUUCAAUUUUCUGUUUGGUUGCCGAGAAAGUUUAGGGAAAAUGAUGGAAAAUGGAUAUGUGAAUCUGGGGGUUUGGCUGUUAGGUGUGGUAAGUUUAAGGUUGACUAAGUCUAAAUGUGGUGUUGCGAUGUUAGUGGGGUUCCAAAUGGUGAGGAAUAUGGGAUUCUACGCCUUAGUUUCUUGUCCGGUUGUGCAUUUUCUCAGAGACCAAACAGAGGAUUGAGGAUUUGUUGAAUUUUGACUCCGGUGAUUUCGGGGUUUUGGAUUUUUUGGCAAGUUUUUGUUUCUUCAAUUUCUUCCCAUUUACGUUUUGAGCAAAGGUGAAGGAAUAUGUCACAGCUGUGAUGAUUUAUUGAAGGAAUUGGAUAAUUUAAUGGGUGUUGGGUUGGAUGAGUCUGUUUUAUCACCUUUGUGUUGGCAAUGAUGACAGAGACAAUGGCUACGAGCUUAGCUAAUCUUGCUGAAUUUGAUGAUCUGUUUUUUUAAAGAAUCAUCUGAUUGUAAUUCCUGUAAAGAAUGCGCCUUUUUAUGCGUUUUAUACAGAUGGGCUGAAGAACGAAUUUUUAGUUUGGAUUUUCGAGAAUGGCUAUUGCUGGUCCACACAAUGUUUCUGUGCUUGAACCUUCUUUCCUUAGAGACUCUCAGUCUCAUUCAUCUAGGCGAAUACGUGAUGAAGGGAGCAUGAGUACCCGUGCAUCCUCCCUGCUACAAAGGUGGCGAGAGCUUGAGGAUGAGGAUGUCGUGAGUCGUUCCCAAGAGAGAGAUAGUGAGAGGUUGAUUCUACAAAGGAGUGAUAGGUUGAUAGAUGAGAUCUCGAGAGUAGACACUACUGAAGACCACGGUAGUGACCGCCCAGGUGAUUUGGAGGAUGUGAGUGUGGGUGAGAGUGAGUGCCGAUUAUGGACCCAAGGUCAAAUUGGGUCGUCAAAUGAACAUGAGGAGUGCAGUAAUUUUAGCAGUGAGCAUUCUGAUUUUGGGGAGGUUGAAAGGGGGAGGGUGAGGCAAGUUUUCAGGGAAUGGAUGACUUGUGGUGGGGCUGAAUAUAUGUCAAAUGGUUCUCAUUUGAAUAACAGUUCAAGGGCAGACUGGCUCGGUGAAACUGAACAGGAGAGGGUGAGAAUUGUAAGGGAGUGGGUGCGACUUAACAGCCAGCAGAGAGGUGCUUCUGGUGACAAUAGAGGAGAACAACCUGCUGAAAUUGGUAAUCAAAUUGAAAGAGUUCGUGAUGGAUUGAUUGUUAACCAAACUGAAGGCCGGUCUGGGCAUACACGAAGGAGGAUUCGUAAAUUAUGUGGUAGACAGGCUAUGCUGGAUAUGGUAAAGAAGGCUGAGAGGGAAAGACAAAGGGAACUUCAAGUCUUGUUGGAGCACAAGACUGUAUCACAGUUUGCUCACCGCAACCGCAUUCAGUCAUUGCUUAGAGGAAGAUUCUUACGAAAUGCUAGAGUGAUUGAGAAUGAGAGACCUACUUCCAUGGCUGAAAAUGAAUUAGGCUUAUUGAGACAAAGGCACACAGUCUCUGGUCUAAGGGACGGUUUUUGCUCCAGAUUGGAUAGUUCUGUUUCCGGUCCAGUAAGCAGCAGCCACUCUGAGACAUCUUCUAGUGUUUCUAUUGGUAGUAGAAAUGGGGAUACUCAAGUAGACAACACACAUGAGGUCCUAGCUGGGUCUUCUGAACAAUCUGCCACUAAUGAUGAGGCAAGUGAGGACCGAGAACAUCGCUGUGGUAUAUCAGAUCGCACGGAUAUAGGUGGCAACGCCAUUCAAGACAUAGAUUCAGAAGAACCUGAUGCUCCUGUAGAGCGCUGGCAAGAAGAAGUUCCAGAUAAUGUUGUAAGAGACUGCCAAUGCUCAACUAUCACUGAAUUUAUUCAAAGGAGGGAUGGUACUGGUCAUAACAUGAUUGGGGACUUACAUACAACCACUGCCAUUGAGCAGCCCCCAGAAACUUUGCAAGAUGAUGCUGGUGGACACAGUAACAUGCGAGAAGUCAGUGAUAUGUCUAAUGAGCAGUCUGAGCCGAGUGGGGAGGCAAGUGUAAUAGGUGAACGAUCUGAUUAUACAUAUAAUUUACGAGGAACUGUGCUUGGGGAUGUAAAUUUUCAAGAAUUUACUUCUCAGGUACAACAAUGGCAGGAUCAAGUUUCAGAAAAUGCCGAAAGGGACUUGGAACAACCUGUUGUUGAGUAUAAUGACUUGAGAGAAGACGUUGGGGAAGAUAUAGCUGGGGAACAGCAGGAAACAACUGCUUAUGAAUGGCCCCAGGAGUUGUUGGAGAGCGAAGAUAGAGAAAACAGUCAUAUUGAAGAAGUUCCUGAAGUUUGGCACGAGGAAGGUGGUUUUCAGGAGGCUGUUCAAAGUUGGUUAGAAGAGCCAUCGGACCAGGAUGUUGAUCCGGUCAGGCAGAUUGAUACAUUUUAUUUUCCGGAUGAUGAUAAUGCUCCUGGUACUGAGCUAAGGGAACUCCUAAGCAGGAGAAGGGUCUCUAAUCUUCUUAGUAGUGGCUUCCGUCAGAAUCUAGAUCGACUUUUACAAUCAUAUGUGGAAAGGCAAAGUCAUGCUGCCAUUGACUGGGAGCUGGAUGAUACAUCACCUUCUCCUGAAUCUGCAGAACAGGAUCUAGAGCAGACUGGUGCAUAUCGAAAUGGGGGUCAAGUGCAUGCUGUUGAGAGUCAUAGUCCUAGUACUGCUAUACGAUCACAGCAAAUACCUUCCUCUUCACUUUGGGACCAGGAGUCACACCCGGAUAAUUGGCCACAGCAUGAAAUGCAUCAACGUUAUGGAAUUGACUGGGAUAUAAUUAACGAUAUGAGGAUUGACAUGGCCAGGCUACAACAGAGGAUGAAUAACUUGCAACGAAUGAUGGAGGCCUGCAUGGAUAUGCAACUUGAGUUGCAGCGCUCAAUAAGACAGGAAGUUUCUGAUGCCCUGAAUAGAUCAGCUGGUUCACAAGGGGCGUGUCAAGACGGUCUGCUAGAAGAUGGGUCUAAAUGGGAUCAUGUAAGGAAAGGAAUUUGCUGUAUAUGUUGUGAAAGCAGCAUUGAUUCUUUAUUGUACAGAUGUGGGCACAUGUGCACAUGUUCACAAUGUGCUACCAAAUUGAUUGAGAGUAGCGGAAAAUGUCCGAUGUGUAGAGCACCCGCAAUUGAGGCGAUUCGUGCUUUUUCCGUGUUGUAAUUUCAGAAAUAAAGUUAAAUUAACAAACGAUAUAUAUAUAUAGCAAUCAUACGUUUUUGCAGCCAC